GGUUAUUUUAUCAGUUUUAACGAUAUUUACAAUCGUAUUAUAUUCAUUUGGAAUCCCUAUACUAGCGAAAUCGUUAGAAUUAGUAUAGUAACCUUUUUUAAGGAAGAUCCAGUUAAUUAUAAAAAUCUAGUCCGUAAUAGUAAUAGUAAUAUUGUUAAACAUCACAUUAUCUUUUUAAAUUAA